AUGACCAAGGCAGAAGAAGAGGAGUUUGUGUCAGAGGAGGGAGAGGAGCAGGCCAAGAAGGGAGAGGAGCAGGUCAAAGAGGGAGAGGAGCAGGCCAAGAAGGGAGAGGAGCAGGUCAAGGAUGGAGAGGAGCAGGCCAAGGAGGGAGAGGAGCAGGUCAAGGAUGGAGAGGAGCAGGCCAAGGAGGGAGAGGAGCAGGUCAAAGAGGGAGAGAAGCAGGUCAAAGAGGGAGAGGAGCAGGCCAAGGAGGGAGAGGAGCAGGUCAAAGAGGGAGAGGAGCAGGUCAAAGAGGGAGAGAAGCAGGUCAAAGAGGGAGAGGAGCAGGCCAAGGAGGGAGAGGAGCAGGUCAAAGAGGGAGAGGAGCAGGCCAAGGAGGGAGAGGAGCAGGCCAAGGAGGGAGAGGAGCAGGUCAAAGAGGGAGAGGAGCAGGCCAAGGAGGGAGAGGAGCAGGUCAAAGAGGGAGAGAAGCAGGUCAAAGAGGGAGAGGAGCAACAUGCAUUAUGA